CCCGCUCCGCCGGCGCGGGCCUAUCCAACUCCGUCACCACCAGCUUCCGUACGUCCCCCCAACGGCCACGCCGCGCGCUUGGCUUGGUGGCUGGCUGGCUUUGGAACUCCCCCGGGUUGGCCGGCCAUGUCCUCCCUCGCUGCACCGCCGGCGGCCCCGCCACCGGAGAGGGUGCGCCUGCUCGUAGCGGCGCCUCCCUCGCGUGCCCGUCCUCCGGGUCGGGGGUUGCAUUGCGCGGUGCGGGGAACGGCAGGGGGAGGACCCGGUGCCGGGUGCGGCCGGCGGCAGCUGGUGCUGCAGCGGUGCUCCCCGGCCGGCGAGUCCAGGGUGGCCGGCGACGGCGGCGUCUCCAGCUUUUGUAUAAUUGAAGGUCCAGAGACAAUCGAGGACUUUGUUCAGAUGCAAUCGCAUGAGAUUCAAAACAACAUCAAGAGCCGCCGCAACAAAAUUUUCCUUCUAAUGGAAGAGGUCAGACGAUUGCGAGUGCAGCAGCGAAUCCGAACUUCUGAAAGCAAAGGUCCCAGUAGUGAAGAAAAUGAAAUGCCUGAGAUUCCAUCAACUAUUCCAUUUAUGCCUCAUGCGUCAGCAAAGACAAUGAAGCAACUCUAUAUGACAUCAUUCUCUGUCAUAUCUGGGAUAAUCAUAUUUGGAGGCUUGAUAGCCCCAGUACUUGAACUGAAAUUAGGGCUUGGAGGUACAUCUUAUGAAGAUUUUAUACGGACCUUGCACUUGCCUCUUCAAUUGAGUCAGGUAGACCCCAUAGUGGCAUCCUUUUCAGGUGGCGCGGUUGGCGUUAUCUCAGCUUUAAUGUUGGUUGAAGUGAGAAACGUCAGGCAACAAGAGAAGAAAAGAUGCACAUAUUGCCAUGGGACUGGAUACUUGCCGUGUGCUCGCUGUUCUGCUAGCGGGAUGUUAUUGAGCACAAAGCCUUUUUCACUAUCAGGGAAUAAUAUGCGGUCAAUGAAUGGAAGGUGUCAGAGUUGUUCAGGAGCUGGAAAGGUUAUGUGCCCGACAUGCUUGUGCACAGGAAUGGCGAUGGCAAGCGAGCAUGAUCCACGGAUAGAUCCCUUUGAUUAGUGUUGAGCAAUUGGGGAGUAAGCCUUUUUUCCUUCGCGCCUAUCACUGGCCGUGCAAAACUCAACGUUAUCAGAUCAGGCAUAAUACAGCACCGAACACUGGCAGUCGUGUUAUUUGACCAAUCAAUAUAGCGAUCUGAGUUUCCCCUCCGGAUUGUAUUUGGCGCUAAGCCUUUGUUGACGCGUACGUUGAUAUAAAACUUUACCCCUAGAGCUGUCAACAACAGACAGUUUGGCCGAGUGGUCUAAGGCGCCAGAUUUAGGCUCUGGUCCGAAAGGGCGUGGGUUCAAAUCCCACAGCUGUCAAAUAAUUUUAAUUUUACAUUAAAUUUUCUGCGCCUUCUAUACUUCGCGUUUAUAUAUCCUAAAUAACAAUCUGGUUUGUAAGACUUUUUGACUAUCAUCAUAUUUUUCCAUACCUGCAUAUGGUAUCUUGUUCA